AAGCCAAUUGACUCCGCCACGCCUGUCCUUCGCGCUUGGCUUUCUUGUCUCCUUUUCCGAAGGUGAGUAAAGCAGUCCACAGUAUAUUCAGUUUCGCUAAUGCAUGAGCGUUUAAGUCAGAGUGUCCAGCUUCCAGAACGAAUAUCUCACUGUGUUAACCAGUUGCUGCAAAGCAGCCCCCGGAGGAAGCUAAUGGCUAACGGCGGCGAGCUAGCGUUAGCUGAAUGUGAAGUAGUUGGCUGUCCUAGGGUAACUUUGGAACUAACUUUGCUAACCAGCUAGCGUUGCGUGUUGUCACAGUUUUCAGCAUUAUUCGUUUACUGGAUUAUAGUACAGGGUGGACAGCAACAGUGCUAAGUAUUUACAUCUUUAUUAACAUUAUGCUUGCGUGACCAAGAGGAAUGCAAGAGCUAUUGUCCGACAAAAAAAAAGAAAAGCAUCUCUUGCUCCUCCUCGUCAGACAUUUUGGGGGAACGGUUUGCUUGAAAACAAAGAUUUCUUAAGCCCCCCAGUACCGAUAUCAUUGAAAAGGAAAAUUAGUGCAGAAUGCAUUAAAGACUUGUAAAGGCAACGAGACGGAUUAAAUAUAACCAGCAUGAGGUUUUGCUUAGUCUCGGUUGAUGCAGUUUUACGCUACUCAUAAACUUCAGUGUCCGUCUACCUGUCAUUACAAUGUAAGCUGCAGGCAGGUCCCCACACGCCUUGGCAGUAUUGUUCUGAAAUAUUAACAUCUUUUACAGGGGCAAGUGAGGACAGAAGACGUUGUCAUGGUUGUCGUAACACAACAACAACAAUGAGAGUGAUGAAGUUGGUCGAGCUGCUGAUCUUUUACCACAUCAUUGCAAAAUGAGUUGAGCUGUUCUGGAUACAGUGCAGUACUUGGGUGUUAAGGAAAGUUAAUCACUCAUAGAUCCACUUCAUCCAAGUUAAGGGAUGACCAUGGAUCAUGAACAGGUAACACUUGUAACUAUUUUACCUACACCUGUGUUUAAACACUCACUAAUUGUAAUGUUUUUUCAUGAACAGAAUUUAACACAGUUGUUGGCUGAGCAAGUCUACUUUAACAAAAAUGUGUCAUUUUCCUGCAAAUGUCUGUAAACAGCUCUGGCACUCAUCACUUACAUACCUCAGUGUGAAUAUUUGGCCAUGUGUAAGUACAUCAGGCACGUGAGACCUGACACCCACCUAGUGACAAUAUGUUGCUGGACUGCUGAUUGCUCCUGGUGUGCUUAAGAUACUUCAUGGGGGGCAUGCUCAGGUUACAGGCCUUACAAAGUACAGUAUUCAACUCAGCAACAGGUGUUCAGUGCUGGCAUGCCAUUCACAUGCUGUGGCCAUCUCUUGUAUGUCAAACAAAUGGAUCAAUUUUCAGCAUGACUGACAACCUUGAUGUUGAACUCUUGAGACAGGGCUGUAGUUUGCUGAAUCAUUUGCUGUACAGUUGUGUUUAAGUGAUGCCUUGGGUGACUAUACUUCAAACAAAAAAUAAGGACAUUUGAUAACAUAUUGCCUUAGAAUCAUAUCAUUUUUAUUCAAAUUAAAUUGGAUUUGCAUUUACACUGUCAUAACAAGUGGACCUUGAUAUGACUAGAUGUUUCGCACAGUACAACACAUUCAUUGGCAUUCAAACCACAGAGUGUAGAGAUAUUUCACUUUUUUGAAUAUGUAUUUAUUUGUUUAUCAAUGGUUUAUGUUUUAGGGACUUGCAUUUAUUGCAUUCCAAGAAGGACUUUUGUAAAUUUUGGGCUGUACCUGGACAAGACAGUUCAUCACUCAGCAUAUAAAUAUAAUACACGCUCACAACAUGCUUGGAUUUUUUAAUUUGGCUCUUAGGUACAAACAGAGCUGGAUGAUAAUGGCCCUCUGGGAUCAGGUGUUGAGAAGCGGCAGUGCCACCUCUGUCAGCAGCAGCUUGACAAUGAGGCAAAGCUGCAGUCAGCCAUCCAAGAGCUGCAGACCAUACGUACCCAGCAGGCCAAUGAGAUGCAGGAGGUGACCAUGAUUACAUCCCUAAAACUUGCUUUCAAUGUAGCAUUGUGUGCUUUUCCUUAUUAUUAAACUAUACAAUAUGAUACUGUAUUCCAUGAUUUUGGUGUGAUAAGUGAAAAAUUAAUUAUUGUCAGGUUGGAGGAAUAAAAAAAUACCAGAUGCUCCGAAUGAUAUUAUAGUCACACCACAAUUACUUAUUGAUUUCUGUCUGUCAGGUGGAGAGCUAUGUUGCACAUAUCCGUGGGCUGCUGGAGGAGCGUGAGUGUCUGACUGCAGAUUAUGAGAGAGACAAUGAACACUUGCGACAAGAGCUUCACCAAAUCCGACAACAACAAGGUGAUCUCAGAGAAAAUGUGGUAAAGGGUUGAGAUUCCCUCUGGGCUGUAGCUUAGCUGACUUCCUUUCAGUUCUUAGCUCACAUUCCUCAUUAACCAUGAAUGGUCUGGAACAGUCUCUUAAUUUAUCAGAGCGUAUGUUCCUGAGUCACAAGUUGACCUGUGUUUAUGCACAAUCUGCUGCCAUACAGCGAUGCACUAUUUUCUUGAUGAAAUAGUUUGUGUUGAUUAUCCCCUUAAUGCGUACCUGGGUCAAAAAUGACCUGAUGAGGUAGUUUUUUACAGUGUCUUUGCAAUGAAAAUUUGUUAACACCUUAUGUUCCAGCCAUUCCUAAGAAAAAUGUUUAUAAUAUCAUGUUAUUCAAAUUUUUAACAUGUGUCCCGAUACAACUUUUUGUUACUCUGAUAUUAUACCGAUGUUGUUGCUUUUAGUAUCAGCCAAUACCAAUAUUGAUUAGAGAUUAGCACAAAAUUGUGCAUGAGGUUUUGCACUCAGCUGCAACGUGUUUUUUAGACUUAAAAAAAAAAAAACUACCACACGGCUGACAUCACUCUUCUCCCUGCUACUUUAUUAGUGGCUUUGUACACACUUUUGCUCUGAUCACGUGGGCUCUGCAAACCCAAUAAUAGUUUUUUUUUUCUUGCUGAUAUUGGACCGAUAUCCGAUAGCAAUAUCGUAUCAGGACGUCCCUAAUUUCAUGGAACUACAGCUAUUGUUGAACUAUCCUGGGCCCCUGUAAGUGGAUCACAAAUGAUCUGUAUUUCUUAUGGAUUGUGGAUCUUUGAUUCUUUUAAAUGUUGGUUCUCGUUUGUCCUUUGAGCUCAUUUAGCAUCAGAAAUAGUUUAACUCUGCUUCAUCACCACCUCAGAGAGGCUGAAGAUACCAGCUGAGAUAACUUUUCCAUAAUGAGCUGUAACACAAACACAUAAUGAUCCAAUGGAUGGGGUGUUUUUCUGUUGCUGUUUUUGUAAUCUUUGUUUUUUUUUAAUCAACAAAAUCAUCAAAAUGUUUUUGAAAUGUUUAAAAAAAAAUCUUAGGGAAGCAAUUAUUCCAAAUAUGUUAUUAUUCUUGUGUGGAACAAAACAUGAUACAAGUUAUUAUUCUUAAAAAUGGCUUCAAAUACCCUCAUUCUCAUACAAGUCAUUUCUGACCCAGUUAUGGAAGAGCACAGAGUCCAAUCAAGCAUGCAUCUAAAGGUUGGAUGGUGCUCCGCAGUCUUGCUGGACAGGUUGUUGACCAUUAAUAACUUCAUUCUUUUCCAGAGAGUCAGAACAAGGAGCUGGCAGAGAUGUUGGCUCAGGAGGAGCUUGGGGAAAUUGGUUUGAGCAGUCCCAGUGAGCAAGUGGCGUACUUACUAGUGGAGAGAGCCACUUUAUUGGAAAGGCUGGAGGCAGUUGAAAGGAGAUUGGAGGGUCAGAGCCUCAGUGACAAUCUAAGAGAUGACCAUCACCAGGUAAAGAACGGACCUGCUAACAUUAGAGACACCAAAGAUCACUCUUAUUCAAAAACCACACACUUCAUAUGUUGUUAUUGACUUUCACAACAUAAACUAUGAACAUGGAGCUUAAAGGGAAAAUUCACCGACCCUGGCAAAGGGAAAUUUCAAAUGAACAGUUCCAAAUGCUUCACAGUGGUUGUGGAAUUUAAUGGUUAACCAACCAAGGCAAAUGUAGGGACCAUUUAGAUAUGCUAAGUUAGUCCCAUUAUCUCUUUGAUACUGUGAUAGGAAAAUAUUCGCCACACAAUGGGGGAGGAGUUGAGGCAGCAGAGGGAGGACCUGCAGAAAACCAUAGAUAACACAAAGGUGAGAUGACUGUCCUUGUGCUCUUGCUGAGUUAAACAGCUUAAUUAACUGAAGCUGAAUCAAGUUUUUAGAGCAAAGCUCAAAGUGAGUUAUCGGUUAAAGAACGCAGAUUCCACGUAAUGCUAUGUUGUGUGAAUGUGUACAUACUGGUGUUCCUUGUCAGCAGUGUUCAUCCCAGAGUCCAUGGAAGAAGUUGUUUGGGCUGCGCAGGUCUGGUCAGAGCAAACACAUUAUUACUCCUGUAGGUUUUCACUCCGGGCUCAAACUAACUAUCAACUAACACUCUUACCAUGAAAAAGGGAAUCACUGGCAUGUUAUGGACAGGCGCUACUUUUCAAAAUGCAUACCAUGCCUGCACUGUGUGUUGACACUUGCAUGACCGCUGUGUUACAGAAAACGCUUGUUCCGGUAAUGAAUAUGUGAAUAUAUUUGCCUGGUAACUGAGUAACUGAGUAAUCACAAUGAGGGAAACAAUUAUUGCAUGUUACAGGUUACAGCAUGUAUCCUCUGGUCUCUAUAAGAAGGUGAAUGUUGACAUGAAAGCACUGGUAUAACUCAAUGUCCUUGAUUCUUUCCAGGCUCGCAGUUAUGAUGAAAAUCAACCUCAUAAUGCAUGUCUCUUACAGUAGCUUGUGGGGCUACUUACAUCUUCUGCCUGACAUCCAAUCUUAUUUUCUACCGCACUCCUUCCACUCUAACCAUCCAGUGUUCAUUCUAUACUCCAGGCAUACAGUGAGGAAAUUUCCAGAGAGAAAAAUGAACGCCAGCGAUUGGAGCGAGACCUCGAAGAAGCAUCCAGGAGGCUGGCAAUGGCUCAUCAGGACAUACGCAGACUCACUGAUGAGCUGGAUGCUGCCAAGAACAACAACCUGGACCCAAGUGGUAUGUUCAAAGAACCUGUAGUUUGUAUCUCAUAAAGAGUUAUGAGUUCAGAUAAAACUUUUACUAGAAAACACACGUUUUUUAAUUUGUUCUAUCAAUGCAAAUUGCCAAAUUGUUUGUGAAGGUAUUAAACUCAAAAGCAUUGGAUAUCUAUGAAUGUCAUGAUUUAUAUCUGCUGCCUCAGUCCUUUCUAACCAGCUGUUUGCCUCUGGUGUGAAAAAUGUUUAUGUCAACAUAAGGCAGCUGACCUAUCUCCCCCUGUCUUCCAGCUACAGCUUUGGAUGCUGUAACAGUUUUAUGACCAAUGAUAAUAUUCUAAUGUAGUAUUGGCAGGUUUAUAUAAGUUUCAUUGAAAGAAUGUAUAAAACCAGACACUUAUGAAGACAAAGGCAAGCAGGAAAAACAUUUUUGUUUUGUAGCAGUAAAUAUUUGCUAUUAAUAUCUCAGGAUCUGAGCUACAGGGAACGGUUCAAGAAGUAGAGAACCUGAGGAAGGAAGUGGACAAACUGAAACACUGUGGUAAGACAGAUGUCAGUGUGUGAUUCACAACUCACUAUGUUCAUUGAGUUCAUGCCACAUUUUUGGAGAUGUUUUCAAAGUACUUGAACAAUCUUAAUAAAGAAUCUAUGUUUGGAUUGUGUUUACCAAAGAAAUUCUGACAUUUUUUUAUUACCCCUUCGUACCUAUUUUAGUAUUUUGUCUCUGUUUUUCUCCCUUGAAUUUGGCUGGUCAAAAUUUUUUCUUUGAAAAUGAGACAAUCUCCGUCCUCCUUUAAAUAUCACACCAUAUUCCCUUAUUUUUACUGUUACUUUUUAUUUUCACAGUUCAUAAGUUGGAAAUUCUGUUAUAAAUCUUAGGUGUUUUUGAAAGGCUCGAGCAGCUGCUACAUACAUCAGUGGUCUGGCAAGAAAUUGAGCCAGUAAUCAAUCUAAAAUAACAAGAAAGAUAGUCAAAGUCAAAAAUGUGACAUUAAUCUGAGCAGAAAGUCUUAUUAGACAGAAUAAAAUAUCCGUACGGUUUGCUUUCAAGAACUAAAAAGAGCUCAAAAGGUACAAAUAGAUCACCUCAACUGCCACAGAGCAAGUCUCUUAACACGUGUACAUUAUUGUAUAAAUAAUUAUUAUAAAAAGUAUAAUGGAUACAUUUUUAUAAAUAAAAAAUGUAUGAGGAAGACACAAAAACAAUCUCAGAUGAAGUGUAUACAAAUGUGCUCCAUGUUGUGUUUCUCCACAGAUAUGAUGAAGCUGCAGCAAGCCAAAGAACAAAAUGACAGACUGGAUGCUGAGAACAGAGCUCUGAGGGAGAGGGUUCGCACAUUAGACUCUGAAAAGAAAAAUCUUCAGGCUCAGGUAAUUGUUUUUGCUUUUUGAUUCAUUUUUAAAACAAACCUUCAAUUUGAUGGGUCAAUUUGAAGAGUAGUUUGGUAUUAUUUUUGUUACAGUUGGAAGUAAAUCAUGAUGAUCCAAAGGACAAGAGCCUUCACAGUGAUCCUCAGAACAACAAAUGGCCUGGCUUGUCAGACCAAGACAAGGACUGUAUUCACAAACGGUAUUUCAGAACUUCAACCUCUGCAUCCUUUUUACUAAUAUGAUCAUUUAAAGUUCACCCAAGCUGGUACUGCAUUAUCUUUCAACUGUUCACAUUUUUCAGAUGUCGGGAGGCAAUGGAGGACGGGCUUGUACAGGUGAAGGAAUUACAACGACAACUCCAGAAGCUCAGAAAGCAACAAGAGGAGAUGGAAGAAAGGAACGAGGAGCUGGAGGCGCUACUGGGUGAGGCGCAGAACUCCAGCAAGGAGGAGAGACACCGACACGAGGGAGAACUAGAAGGACUCCACAGAAAGGUAGGUGGAACUAAACUCUGGUUUAAGUAUUUACUUCUCAGUAAUGUGGUUAUGUCAAAGACCUUUCUGUAGAACAGUUAUCUCUGCAAUGGUAAGCAAUCAUCUUUACUGGUCAUUGCAGAUCAGAAGCCUUGAGACUGAGCUGAAGAAACAUGUAGCCCCAGAAAAAAUGAUGAAGAACGGAGAGGAUUUAAAAACCACAGAGUCCUUCCUGCAGCUGGUAAGAUAUCACUCUCAUUUUAAUUAAGGUAUGGAUUGCCUAGGAUGAAAUCAUAGAUUCGGAUUACAAAACUUUUUUCUAAGCUUCUCCUAGGGAACAAAAAGUUUGAAAGUAAAUUUUAAUUGUGUUCUGAAUCAAUAAGAAACAAGACAACUGAUGUGGCCAAGACAGACACAGGCAUUUAUUUGAGCUGUAAAUAAGGUGGAAAAAUAUAACAGUUCUCCAGGUUUGACUAUAAAAAAAUCUCACAAGGACUUGAAUAAUUGUACAAGUAAAACAAAACCUGUUAUCGUGCUAUAAUACUCUAAAUAAUGUUAAACGAGAUAAAAGAUGCAUCAGAAGAGCAUCAAAUGGGUCACAGUAAGUACCAGACUGUAAUGCUUUGCCUUCCCCUGUCACUCUGUCUUAAGCACCUCCGAGACAGCAGCCAGGAGAGACUUGCUCUGCUAGAGGCUCGUUUGACAGAAGAAAAGGACUGGAGGAAACAGCUAGAGAUAGACCUCAGUGCUGCCCAGGCUGCCCUCAAAAAAGACAAGGAGGUGAAAAAUACACACAACUCUGUUUUUUAGUAAAAGAAAGUGUUCAAGCCAAAGCUGAAGAAAAUGUAACUUUUACCUAUAGUACAACAAGUGGUCCUGAAACAAAAAAGUUUGUUCAAUGUCUUAAAGAGAUAUUCCAGCGUAAAAUUAACUUAGUCAAACACACUGUAACACUGAUUUAGACAUCCCCCUUGAGAGAUGAAUGUCGCUGACCGCUUGUUUCUCUAGUUAUACCAACUUUAGUAACGACCCCACGAUAGCAAUACACAGUGGUCUCAACCAAAAAGCCACUCUUUAGCCACAAAUAAUGCUAAGAACAGCACCUAACCUCAUCAACAGAUAAUAUAGGGUCCUAGCCACAGCGCUAGCCAUCAAACUUCUUUUUAGUUUUGCCUGAUUUCUUUCGCAAAGAGACUAAACACAACUCACCCUCUCUCCUCUAGCCGCUUGUAUGUGGGGGAGCCCUGACGAGUCGAUCACUGAGUGCAGCAGAGUUUCACAGCUCAAGGAAGAAAAUUUAUGAUUAUUACUUCAUGGAAAUGCAAUCAGAGUUUUUGUGCAUUUUGUAUGUGCACAGCAGACACAGUAGUUCUUCUGCCUUAGCGUCUCAGUCUGAUUGCAUUUCCAUGAAGUAAUAAUCAUAAAUGUUCUUCCUUGAGCUGUGAAACUCUGCUGCACUCAGUGAUCGACUCGUCAGGGCUCCCCCACAUACAAGCGGCUAGAGGAGAGAGGGUGAGUUGUGUUUAGUCUCUUUGCGAAAGAAACCAGGCAAAGCCAAAAAGAUGUUUGGUGGCUAGUACUAUGGCUAGGACCCUAUAUGUACUGUUGAUGAAGUUAGGCUGAGCAUUAUUUGUGGCUAUAGAGUGACUUUUUGGUUGAGGUUUGCACAUGGAGACGUAGACCGCUGUGUAUUGCUAUUGUGGGGCCAUUACUAAAGUUGGUAUAACUAGAGAAGCAAGCAGUGGGCAACAUUCAUCUCUCAAGGGGAUGUCUAACUCGGUGUUACGGUGUGUUUGACCAUAACUUAAAUUUACGCCGGAAUAUCCCUUUAAAACCAUUCUCUAAUUACAAAGUUAGAAAUGCAAGUCAGCAGCUAAUACCCUCAUUCUGUUCACUAAAGGCUUUGCAGAUCAGUGAGCAAGAGCGGAAGAAGCUAAGACUUGAGGUUAACAGCCUUCUGACAGAGUGCCAACAAGGGAAGACAAUCAUCAAGAGCCUCACUCAAGUCAAAGGGGAGAAAGCCAUACUGGAGGACAAGGUUAGUUCAUUUUAAGUGUGCCGGCUUUCACUUUCAUCCUGGAUACUUCUGAAUGUCUUCUUAAUCAUAAUGUGACUGAAGAUCAUAUUUCUACCACCAGUGUUGAUGAUCAAACAAAUGCAUAAUUUCUGGAGAAGCAUGAUAUUAAAAAGAAUCCAUCUGACGGAUGAUCCCGAAAGAUAAAUGAGAUUUACAUGAUCUGAAAAAUGUUCAGUGUCCUGUUCUGUCUUUAAGUGAGGUUCUCUUGGUUGAUUUUAUCCCUCUACCUGACAGGUGACUCAGAUGGAGUGUGCCCAGAGCCGGCUGCAGAGCGAGCUGCAACGCUACAAGGACAGUAAUCGGACCCAAGAGAACCCCAAGGAAAAUAGGCAUCAGGUGGAGCAGCUGCAGGAGCAGGCUGACAGGCUAACUGCUGAACUCAGCAGCCUCCAGACAGCACACAAUACCUUGAGGUUGUUAUCAGCCUUGAGUUCGUAGUCUAAAAAGUACUGGCAAACACAGUAAGAAAGUUCUUGACCAUACUUGUUUUGCGUGUUUGUGUAUGUUUUCCAGGGAAGAGAUGGUGACUGAGCGGCUGCAGAUGGCUGAGCUUCAGGACAAGCUGAGCACCAGUGUCCAGGAGAAGCUGAAAGCUGAGGGGGAAAAAGAGAGACUGGAACUGCAGAUCCAGCACCUUAAAGGCCAGCUCAAAUGGCAUGAGGAGCAGCUCUCUUCGUCAAGGGAAGCUCUGGUGAGCAGGAAAGAGCUGGACCAGCACAUCGCUCACGCAGAAUCCAAGCUAAGUCCAGCGGAGAAGACCAAGGAUGAGUGCUUGGAUCAGGUAACAGAACUUCAGUGUCCACUGAUCAAGUGAUUUUGUAAAGUUUUGUUAUGUGAAAUCAUGCUGUGUUUUUUUUUAUCAUUUCAAUGUUCGGAAAUUGAUACAAUAGUGUAGUAUAAACAGUAUAAUCCUUGUUAUAAUCUUUGUCUUGCUGUACAAGGAAUUUUUUGACACGAUCAUCUUUUAUUAAGGUGUGUAUAUGUGUGUGUGUGUGUGUGUGUGUGUGUAUGUGUGUGUGUGUGUAGCUUGCCGUACUUAAGCAGGAGUUAAACUAUCUGAAGUCCAAGUUGGAGGAGCAGCGUCAGCUGGCUUCACAGCAUCAACUGGCCUUGCAGGCUCAGGUCAAUGAAGGGCAGGCACACAUCAAGGUACUCUCAUGAUAAUAUCUAUGCUGCUCUUUAAUAUGCUGCGUUAGAGUUACCCUGGAAGUCAGAAGUCUGAGCUGAAAAUGACGUCACACCCGAGUUCCCAGCGUUUCAGUUGCCAAGUUGGAAAAAAGCAAGAUUGGAGGCCUGAAACGAGAUGGCUACAUCUGCGAAAGUUAUUUUAGUCCUUGCCUUGUCCGAAUAUAAGGCAUCCUUUUUUCAGGCCUCCGAUCUAGCUUUUUUCCGACUUGGUAACUGAAACACUAGGAACCCGGGUGUGACGUAAUUUUCAGCUCCGACAUCUGACUUCCAAGUUAACUCGAACACUGCAAUAGUCAUUAUCUCUUUUUAAAUGAUUUAUCUCUUGUAUCUUCAUUUUUCAUGUUGCUUGUGAUAUUGAUGUGGCUGCCUCAUGUCUUCAAAUUUAGGCAUUUAUUUUGCGGUUUGACACACUAUUUUAUCUAUAGCUUUACUGGUUUGUAGAAAAAGUUUAUAAUAAAGGUUUAUAUUCACAUUAAAUUCUGAUAUUGGCCAAAGUGCCAGGUCCCCCAUUUGUGGAGAAUAGAGCAUGUGUUUUGUGGACUUGUUAUUAAUGCUGUUGGGGCAGGUGGGGUUUGACAUGAUCAUUUGUAUUGCUCACAAAAAACUGUCAAUAUCUCUCAUUUCCCUCUCAGUCCCAGGACUCAGUGCUGAACCAGAAAGCAGAGGAGGCUAAACAGAUGAAGCAGGACGUACAGAGGGCCCAGAGCCUUUUUAGUUCAGCAGAGCGAGAGCUGCGCUAUGAGAAGGAGAAGAACAUGGACCUUAAAAGACACAAUACUUUGCUGGAACAGGAAAAACUAAAGGUUGGAGUCACGCUAUACAAGUGUACAUCUGGAAUUUCCCCUGCACAUAGAUGACAUGUUUGACUUUACUGUUGUCUUGGUUAUCCUCUUUGUCAACUCACUUUGAAGUUCCAUGAGCUAAACUAAACUGCAAAACUGUGAACUUUGGCACAGCAGAGGAGGAAGGUGUUACAGACAAAUAAAGAACCAUCAGUGUAGUUAAACUUCUGAUGAUUAGCAUUGCCUUUUUGUGCUCACAUUGUCCUGCUUGCUUCCUUCAGCUGUGUGCAGAGCUAAAGCAGGUCCAGGCUAAGCUGGUCCAGGUGGAACAGAGCCUCCAGUUCCAAGAAGCUGACUGUGAACACCAGCAGCAGAAAAUUAGGGAACUGGAGCUGGAACUUGCGCGGAACUCAACAGCCCGCUGCACCACUUCUAGUUUGCAAGAGGAGCUGCAGGCAGAGAGGGCGCGGCUGAUCACUGCUGACAAGAAGGUCAGUACUGGCAUAACUCUACAGUUUUACUACAGUUUAGAGUCGGUGCCUUUCUUAAUCUUGCAUAUGGUUACCAUAUAGUUAAAGUCUUACUGUUAGUUGAAUGCUCUUUUAAAUGUUGGUAAACCUGGAGUUCACAGGGAUAAAUGCUAACCAAUAUGAUCAUAGAAGUUGUUCUUGGUUCCAGUCCAGUCUAAUUUAGGCCAGUUCACUGACUGAGACCCCUGAUCAAGUUAAACUUGUUGUAUAAUUAUGACCAUGGUUGUUUCCACUUUUUAUUUACUCUCCUUUGUUAAAGCUUUGCAUCGUUGAAAUCCUAUCAAACUUAACUUUCAAGACUUUGAUGGGUAUGGUUUUCCACCAUCCUUGAUAUAUGUUAUGGCAGUGUAUGAAAUUAAAGACACGUCAUAAUAAAAAUGAUUUUCAUGACCUGAAUUCGAUAAUACUUAAUAUUGAGGGGCCAGAUCAAGACAUGUCCUGAAGUUAAGAAAACCUUGAGACAUCAUUCUGAUACUCAGUACCAUUCAUGAACAUAAAAGAAUGCCUCUGCCAGAGACACCUUAACCCUGGGCAACUUUGGAGCGCAUGUUGUGCUCAUCUCACUGAGUGAAACCAGAAGUUUUGUUCUGAUGGCAGGUGUUGGAGUUGCAGCAGCAGCUUAAGAGUGCCCAGCACCAGCUGCGAGUGGAGGAAGCUCGAGCUGGCGAGAGUAGUCGACUAGAAAGGGACAGUAGGGAUCUAUCUGAUACCUUGUCAGCCCUAAGAGCCAAGCAGCAGGAGGAGCAUAUUACCAGGUAACAAAAGCUACAGUGCUAAAGUAGAACUUGAUCCCAUAGGUAUUUCCCUCAUUUUUCUAUUAAACUUUGUAAGUCUAAUGGCAAAAGAAAGUUCAUAUUUAUUUGUAACUAUUCCUCACCUCUAUUUCCUGAAUUUGUCCUCUCAGGAAGCUGUUAGAGCAGCGAGAGGAGGAGCUGCAGAAGCAGUUGCGUUCCCUCAGGCUGAAAGAGGCCUCCAUGACCCAGACCAAUGCAGAGCUCAGCCACCGUGCUCAACAGCUGGACACACGUCUGGCCAUCCUGGAGGCUGAGCUUAGCAAGGCCAGAGAAGAAGUAAGGGACAGUUCACCACGGCAUAUCCAACGUGACAUAGAUUGCAGGGUCUUGGACACCUUUGGCACUUUUCUUCACCAAAAGUUUCCGUCUCUGUGUUCUGAUGCUUUUCUGCUAUCACUUAAAGCUGCUUGACUUUUUGCUUGGAUUCUUAUAAAACCUUUACACACUUCACAUUAUACUGACUGCUCUUUCACUUCUUAUGUAACAGAUUAACGAACACCUUAAAAUUUAAAGUUUAUUUUCAAAUCUAUGUUUCCCACAUAAACAGUGCCUUGGUUGUGAUGAUAUCAUAAUCAAACUGCUUCUAUACAUCCUGCACCCUGCAUUGCUGCUGCAGCUUAUGGUGUUUCCCUCCAUCUAGAUCCUAGCUUUUGUUGUAUGUACUCUCAGAUGAAUGUUGCCUUGGACGAAUGCUUCAGCUCAAUGAAAGUGUAACAUUGUAACAUAUCCUCCAGGUAAGAGAAACUCAGAAGUCCAGCAAUAAACUACAGGAAGACUUGGGGUCCAGCCAGCAGGAGUGUGACAGACUGCAGGGGGAGCUGCAGCAAAUUCUUCUACAACUAGAUACCUAUAUCAGGUGAGGCAAAACAUUUGCAAAGAUGUUGGAAUGAAUGCAAUGUAAUUAUAUAAACUCUAGCUAACAAGCUACUGUAGGCAUACACUGAAAAAGUAGUUUUUGUAUUUGAAUAAGCUUAUAUUUCUCUGCUCAACCAACCAGAAAGUACAAUGAAAAGCAGAAUCAGCACAAGACCAAGCUGCGUCAGGCCAAGCAGGUCUUCCUCAAGGCCACUGCACAGAGGGACCACAUCAUCCAGAAACUGGAGAAUGACCUGGUGUUGGCCUCCAGCCUCUCACACAAGGUCACACACAUGAUACAGAACUCUGUUUUGGCCCCUUCAAAGAAUUUGAAGUAUCGCCAUGUCUUAAAAAAACUUCAUUUUCUGUCAUCCCCACUUGGAUGGGUUUUAGGAGAAAGAAAGGAUCAAUGCAGUGAUGGGGGAAAAUGAGAAGCUUUUGGAGGAGAGGAGGGAACUUUUGCAGAAGAUGAGUGAGGCAGAGGAAAUGGGCAGCAAAGGCAUGAGGACUGCAUCUACUGUCCAAUACAGGUAUCUUAUUAAGGACACUAAUGAGUGAUUUAAACCCACACUUUUACUAAAGUUUCGUGAAAAUCAAGGAUUAUAAAUCUGAAUCUAAAUUACUCCAGCUGGAGUUUCCACUGCUGUUAAGAGUGAUCUGUUUUAACCAAGAGUUAAAAUGUAACUGUCAUAUAAAACAUCUAUUUUGUUCAAUUACAAAUUGUUUAAAACAAGGCAACAGUGGUUUGUGGUUUUUAUUUUGGGAUGGACUUAGUUAAUGUUUAUUAUUUCAAGCUGUACUAUCAACUUUAUCAGAGGAAAAUUGAAUUUUAGUAGAUAAACGAUCCUGUCUUGGUUUUGGAGACAGUUUUUAAGAGUGUGAAUCCAAAUCUGUCUUUCAGGGUCGAUGUACUGGAAAUGGAGAACCGACAACUUCAGGAUCGAACUCUGAAGCUCUCCAAUCAAGUCAGUUCCUUGGAGCGUGCCCUGAGGAACGUCCACUCAUGCUACAGUGUUGAGGUAACAUCAUGGAGAUCCGUUUGCGUAAAUGGGACAUGCCACCCAAAACUUACAGGUUUCCUUUGUUUUAAAACAGCCCAUAAAGCAUUUAAGAUGUGAGAUGAAGAAUUAGUAAACUAAGUGUUUGCUGUGGCUGAAAUAAAUGGUGCAAGGUGGUGGACUGUCACGGGAAAGGUAAGAGAAGCAGCUUGACCUAUUGUAAAAAGGGUGACGUGUCCCUUAUUUAAUUUUCAUACAAGUUUGAUGUGUUUUGAACCGAAAUGACUCAAUUCCUCGACAGAAUGCCAAGAAAGUGCUGCCCUCUGAAAGCCUCUGUGAUGGACUCCUGCACACAUCAUCACUCAGGUAAAACUGCUGUAAAAUAUUGUUUUGUUGCAAACAUGUCUUUUCAUAUAGGAAGCUGCUUGUGUACUCUCUCUACUUUAUCUCACCAAAUCUCUGUCACCAGUCUGACCUCUGGUUCUUGUGACCCGCUUGACAUCUUGGACGCGAUCUGUCGUGUGAAGGUUGGUGAGCGUGUGGUGGUGGACGCCACUCGAGCCACUGUUUCCACACACCAACCAUCAGAGCAGGGCUACCUGAAUCUCACCUCUCCACUGGUUCCUCCUGACUCAAAAGGAAUAGAGGAAAGCACUAAUGACACUGACCAGGUAUGAGAGGAUGUGGAGAGGUACAACACUAUGUGUAAUGUCACAUGGAGACAAAAACCCGAAUAAAGAGGGAAAUGCAAGGAGAAUGCAAACAAUUGUUUUAAAGGGGCAGUAAUAAUGAAAGGGAGCUUCCACUUAAGUUCUGCUCAGGGUGAUGUAUUUCUAAUAUGAAACAGAUCCUUGUUUGGCUGACAAGAUAUAUGACUGAUCUGGGUCCAUGUGAAAAAAAAUGAUAAGAUAUUGUAAAAAAAAAAAAAGAAAUUUAAAAAGCCACUCGAAGUGUCAGUCAAUUAUAAAGCAAUGUUUUUUUUAAGACAACAGUUUGUAACAUGGGUGGGUUUUUUUUAAUCAUUAUUAUUUUAUGAACACAUGGCACGAUCCUGUUUGCAUGCACAGAUGUGUUUCAUGCUGCCUGGGAAGUUGGCCAGUCAUUUGCAUCAGCACACCAAAACAAAUCCAAAUGUGUGAAAGCCUUAUGGGAAUGAUAAUCAUCUUUUUUUUUUUUUUUUCAAGGUAAUAGAAUGGUACAAUAUAUGAAAACUUCCUUCAGCAAGUGUCCAAAAGCCUAUGGGACACUACCUGAUGGAGAAUUGAAUGACAAAUGUUUAACUUUAGCACUUUAUAAAACGUGUUUACAUUUUGGUAAAACGUAGCAAUGCAUAGAGCAGUGGUUCUUACAGUAAAUUGAUAGUAUGUUUUUUUACACACCUCUGUCAAUCUUAGAAGUUUUUCAAUGAAAAAUGCCUCUCAUGAUGUAUUGUGGUUAUGCUUUCACUGUGUCUAAAGUCUUAGCAUCACAUCAGUGUUUUACAAGUUUACAUAAUAGUACUUUUACCAUGUGAAACAUGAUUUUUGUGAUCCUUGAGAAGCUGGUCCAUUCAAGAAUCGUUACCAGUACUGUCUGACAACACAAGCCGCACCAGUAUUUACAUUUUACAGCUCCUUAGUUUUUUUGUUUGAAGCACCAAAAUAUCAGGAAACCACCAAAUUCCAAGAGGUUUCUUUCUAUUUCAGGCGUCCCAAGCUAUUUUCUUUUCUUUUUUGUUAACCUCAGCGUCUCCUCCAGAGAAGCUUAAAUAUAAAGUCCUUUUACCCAUGCGCAAAGAGAUGUGUGACAUGGCAAGAAAACACACAAUAAGGGUAUGAGAAUUGGAGAAAGAUUAUAGAUGCUGUUUACAAGAAAGUGGCUGUAAACUCUACAUAAACGUAAGAUCAGUUACCAUGAAAUGAAGAUUACAGAGGAGGAUAUGGAUCUAGCAGGUUCUGUAACCAUGGUAGUUAGGUUUUGUUCUUUGCUGGUUUUUAUGGCUGCAGCCAUGUCUGAAUGGAAGUGCUCUCCUUAUUUUAAAAUAUUUAAUGCCACUACAUCGUCUUGUAGAGUUAUACACUGUUAUUUUGUCCUUAAUGUGCCUAAAUGAUGAAGUUUUUAACUUUAUCUUGCUGCUGCAUCAAUACAUCUAGUAGUCUAUUUGCAUCAGUCAUAACCUGAGACAUUAUCUACAAGAAACUUGUAUUUGUGUAAAUAGAAUUUUCAAAUAAAAUAUUUUCUUUAAUAAAAGUGAAUACAUUAACAUAUCA